CCAUAGACCUCGGUAUUCAUAUAUUCAACAUACUUCACCAUUCACAUUACUUGAGCUAUGCCAGGGGUGACGCAAAACAAGGAGAAAGAUGAGGACAAUGAAGAAGAUCUUGAUUUUGAGGAGUACAUUGAAGAAACAAACGAAUUAUUUGGUCGCAUUAUAGAGAAGAUGGGACGUGUGCAUGCGGUUGUGAACAAAAUUGAGACAGCUUUGGUUACAAACAUCACAAGUGAUUUAAGUAUUGUGAAGGCUUUGGUGGUAGAAUUUUGCACCCAAAAAUACAUGAAAGCCCAUGUGAGAGGCAAGGUAGAAUGCAUAGAUAAAGAAGUUGAGGAGCUAAUUAAGCAUUUGAAAAAGAAAAGGAAGAAAAAGAAAGAGGAAGCCCUAGAGGGGAAUGGGAAGGAGGAAGAGGUAGUUAAGAAAGAGCAAGCCGUAGAGGGGGAUGGGAAGGAGAAAGAGGUUAAGAAGAAGACUGAGGAGGAGAGAAAGCUGGUGAAAACCUCUGAAUGGUUGUAUUGUAUUGGCAAGAAAACGGAGAAAAUCAAGAAUUUGGUUUCCCAAUUCGGGAGCCUGCCGGAUGAAGAUGAGUACGAGGAGGAGAGCAGUGCAUCGUCGUCAUUGUCGUCGUCGUUAACCGGUGGUAAGAGGGAAAAGCAGAAAACGGUAUCAAACUCCACGGAAUGCUAUAAAAUGUGCAUCCAAGAGACCCUCCUGAUUUCGCCAAUGAUCACGGGUACCCUUAAAAAGAGCUACGACCAUCUUCCCCCAAACUUGAAGCUGUGUGUGCUCACCCUUGCCGCAUUUCCAGAGGAUUUCAUCAUCAAGAAAAGGCCACUCAUAUAUUGGUGGAUGUCAGAGGGCUUUGUAGCGAUGGAGGGAAAUUCCAAGUCAGCUGAGGAAGUUGGGGAAGAAAACUUCACCAAACUUAUCCAACUGGGCUUAAUUCAACCAUGGUAUGAAUCAGGCAACACUACUAUAGACCUGCAACCACAUAAUAAUGUGCAUGUACAGGGUUGUAGUGUGCAUCCUUGGAUUCGAAGAAUGUUAGUUCCAAUUGCAAUGGAAGCCCGGUUGUUUGAAUUUUUUGGUGUUCCACCUAUGACCACGACUGGGAAUAACAGAAGCCGACGUGUGUGCUUAUAUGAUGAUGGAGAUGGAGAAGGAGUUGAGCAUACUGCCACUUGGAAAACUAGAAAUCGGAAAUAUCACAAGCUUUUUCAAGAUAGGUUCAAAUGGAUAAAAGCUCACUACAGAGGAGUGCAGCUGAUUGAAAGGCAGUUGUUAGAUAUGAAAAAGGUGUUAAAAAUGGAAAAGGAUCUUAAAGUGGUGUAUAAAAGGCAAAAUAAGCUGAUGAUGUCUACUAAAUUUCUAACUGAUCUCAAUAAUUUGGUUGCUGAAGUCGCCCAUGGAAAAGUGAAACAUGGAAGCGAUGAUGAUGAUGCCCUCCUCAGGGCCGUCAAUAAGCGGCUAAGCGAUCUCAAGACUCGAAUUGAUGAUGAUGAUAAUGUUCUAAAAAACAUUAAUGAAUUGCAUGAUGAGCAAAUGAAACUGCAAAAUGAGAUUGAGGGCUUGCACAAACAAUUCCAAGUGCAACAUCAGAUUAAUUAUCUGGAUAGGAUGCUGGAUCCGAAAUGGGUGAAUGAUCCUGUGAUCUACAACAGAAUAAACAACUGUGAGACCUUGCAAAAAAAUGAGGAGGUGUUAUUUGGCCACAAUGACCUCAACAAUCCAUUUCCUUCUCCCAUGAAGAAGAAGAACAAAAGGACCACCACAAGUACUAACCAGAAUGAGCAAGCCAAAAAAAGUGAUGCAGUGAGCAAUGAUGAGACGGCUGCGGCUUUGGCUUUGGAGAGAUUACUGGCAAUCAUCAAUGUUACCCAAAAAUACUUGGAUAUGGAUCAUGAACCCUUUGGUAAAAUGAAAUGGCUUCGAACUCUUCACUUGGGACGGUGGCGAGACUCCCUGCCUGUUCCUCACAUUGAGGUUGAAAAUGACCGCAUCUUCGAAGCCCUGUUCCAUGUGGCCAAGCAUUUGAAAUACUUGAGCCUGAGAGGGAUUUCAAGGAUCACUACAUUGCCCUCCACUAUUUCUAAAUGCUGCAACCUCCAAAUCUUGGACCUCAAGGCCUGUUACAAUUUGGAAACGCUUCCUUCUGAGAUUGCCUCCCUCUAUAAGCUCACUCAUUUGGAUGUUUCAGAAUGUUACCUCCUUCAGAACACCAAUUUGUGGAGCCUUGUUCAAAACCUUCAGUGCCUCCAAACCUUAAAGGGUCUCAAGGUAGAUCAAUCCACUCUCAACUCCCUUCAAACCUUGGCAUCUGCUGCUACCUUAAGGAAAUUGAGCAUCAUACUCACUGCACCCAACUUAAACAUAGAUCUACUAACCAGUUUGAGCAAGCUUUGCAUUCUCACAAUAACAUGGAGGAUAACACCAGAUACCCAGCCAAAACCAGAAAAAAGUGAUGAUGGUGGUGGUGCCAACACUGAGAAUCCGCCACAGCAACAACCUGCAGGAAGAGAAAUUAGUGCCAACACUGAGACCACACCACACCCAAAACCAGAAAUAAGUGAUGUUGCCAGCACUAGGAAUCAGCCACAGCAAAACCCCCUACAAAAAAGUGAUGAAGAAGAGGUGAUAGGUGGUAUUGAGGAGGCUCUGCCAAAUCUAAAGAAGCUUGACCUGAGAUGCUAUCCAGAUAAAGAUUGGCCAAAUUGGGCUAAGAAGCAUUCUUCAUUGGAAACACUUUACAUCACUGGAGGAGACCUGGAGGAGUUUCCCAUGGCAGAUCUGCAUCUACCAACACUCCAGCUUCUGCGUUUCAAAUAUUUAACCAAACUCAAAUUGGGUCAGGACAACACACCUCAACUAAAAUCCACCAAAUUUCCCUCUCUCAUCACUUUCCUUAACCAUGGCAUCAAGUCUAAGAAGUGACAAGAAUGCAUGCAUCAUAUCAUGCAACAAGAAAGUUUGAUCCCUUCAAACGGAUGAAAUCCUAUGAACGGUCUACAAAAUAAUUAUUAUGGCGUGUUUGAGGCUGAACAGUCAUUAAGCGAUUGGAGCAAUCAGUGUAAUUUCGGGUUGAACUCGGUUCUUUCGACGCCGUUGUCGAGCCCGGGGUCGACAACGUUUGUGAGCAGCGGGAGUUGUACUGAAGACGAGAAAGAAAGCGAUUGCAUCAUCAGCAAUAUGAUGAAAUUUGAAAUCCCAUCGGCGAGCUUAGAUUUCGAAGAUUUGCUGUAAAUAUUAAUAAUCUGCAUGCUACUGCGUAUGUAUAUGCGAGUGAUCUGCUCAUUUGUAUUAUUAUUGUAUUGUUUGGUUUCUUAUUUUUCUGGGCUUUCUGUGGUUUCCAACGUUAAU